AUGCCGGACAAAAUAGAUCUCAGACGGCAAAACAGUAUAAAUUCGGAAUUUUUACAACACCAUGGUAGAUUCGAAUAUCCACCAUCACCAUCAACUCCUAAUGGAAUAAAACGUUUUCGUCGACAAGAAAGUCAAAACUAUUUUGCAGGAGAAUAUGAACCAGAACAUUAUGCUGAUGAUAAACAACAACAGCCACAAAAACUCGUUUUUUUCAAUAUGGAUCCGACAAAACUAUCCCAUAAAAUUGCUGACAUCAAUCUAGCAGAAUUGGGUCGAAAAGCUUUGUCAAUGGCUGAAGCUGAAAUGCCGGGAGUUAUGCAACUGAGAAAAGUCUUUGGUCCAAAGAAAAUUUUGAAAGGUGUUCGACUUGCUGGAUGUUUGCAUGUCACAGCACAAACCGGCGUUAUGAUCGAAACACUUCGUGAAUUGGGUGCAGAAAUUCAAUGGAGUUGUUGUAAUCCAUUAUCAACACAAGAUCAUGUGGCAGCAGCAUUAGUUAAAGCUGGUAUAUCCAUUUAUGCAUGGAAAGGUGAAACCAUGGACGAAAAAUUAUGGUGUAUAGAUCAGACAAUCUUUUUUCCUGAUGGACAACCAUUGAAUGCUAUAUUAGAUGAUGGUUGUAAUUUAACAAAAGUUAUUCAUGAAAAAUAUUCACAUUUAACGAGUGUUAUACAUGGUUGUAGUGAAGAAACAACGGCUGGUAUAACAAAAUUACGAAUAUUAUUAAGAGAUAGAAAAUUAAAAGUUCCAGUUAUUAAUGUUAAUGAUAGUGUAACAAAAUCAAAAUUUGAUAAUUACUAUGGAUGUGGUGAAAGUCUUAUUGAUGGUAUUAAACGAGCAACGGAUGUAAUGAUUGGAGGAAAAGUAGUCGUGCUUAUUGGAUAUGGUAAUGUGGGAAAAGGAUGUGCAAAAUCAUUGAGUGGUCUUGGCGCACGAGUAAUUGUUACUGAAAUUGAUCCAAUUUGUGCUUUACAAGCUGCAAUGGACGGCUAUCAAGUGACAACGAUGGCUGAAGCAUGUAAACUUGGUCAAAUAUUUGUCACAGCCACGGGUUCAACUGGAUUGAUUCGUGGUGAACAUAUUUUAGAAAUGCGUGAUAUGGCUAUUUUAUGUAAUAUUGGUUCGGGUCAAACGGAAAUUGAUGUUGUAUGGUUAAAAGAAAAUGCAGUUAAAAUUGAAAAUGUUAAACCACAAGUUGAUAUUUAUCAUCUUUCGAAUGGUCGUGCAAUUAUUUUACCUGCUGAUGGUCGUGUUAUUAAUCUAUCUUGUGCUCAUGGCAAUCCUAGUCUAGUUAUGAGCAAUUCAUUUUCAAAUCAAAUCUUAGCACAAAUUGAAUUAUUUACAAAACGAGGAGAAUAUUCAAUUGGAAUUCAUACUCUUCCAAAAACGUUGGAUGAACAAGUGGCCAUGGCACAUUUGGAAUAUUUAGGCGUUAAAUUGGAAAAAAUAACAGAAGCACAAUCAGUGUAUACCGAUACAGAUUCCGAUGGUCCAUUCAAACCUUAUUAUUAUCGAUAUUGA